AUGGCGUCUGAAUCAGAUGAUUCGGUGCCACUGAUAAGCCAUGCGCCGGCAAGUGCAGCAGUAUAUCGAGACGUUUGUUCACGGAUCCGUAGCCUGCGAGACUUGCGCAAGUUCGGGCAGGGUCAAAAGAGCUCAGAGAGCGCAUUUCCUCAAGGGCCUGUAGAACUUCGCAAGCUUGAACAACAACAUUUUCCGAGUCCGCUUCAUGCUUCUCGUCUCGCAAGCAUGAGUGAUGUGGAGACUGAUAAAGAAGCAGAAGCUGCACGAAUAUGGCUAUUGGGUAUGCUGGAAUCUCAGAACAGGUUCAUGAGCCGUCAGCACGAGCUAGGGAUGUUCAGACGCGCUAUAGAAAAGCAGUUGAAAGGCCGGCAAGAGGAGUGGUCUGAUCUGGAACGCCUCUACAUGGCACUUACAGACCGUGAUUUUGCGUCACCAUUGGAGCGAUUGCGUGCAGCAUUCAUGGUCGUGUUCCACCUCAACUAUGUUGAACGUCAAGGAGAUGUCAUUGGAGCAGGCGCGAAACUGACCGAGCGUCUUCAGCAUGCAUCUGGCAUGGAUGCUGAAUUGUUUGAGACGCGCGAGGGUAUCUUUGAGAGGACUCAGUUCAUGGAAGUCGACCAUUUUGCAUGCGCCAUUCCCCUUUCUCUACUUACCAGAACGGCUGACAACACUUCCAUUGUCGACGAUAACGCUGGCUGCUGUCCAAUCUGCCAAACCUCAUACACUUCCCUUGCAGAUCGCCCAAUCGAAGAGCUGCUAACCGACUAUCCUGUACGAAUCAAGCACUGUGGCCACAUUGUUGGCAAAGCUUGUCUCGAGCAGUGGAUGAGAACACCAAAGAUUGAAGAGGCGAAAUACCCAUAUCGCACGUGUCCGCAUUGCCGUAUCAAAAUCGAAGGCGUGAAACCGCCUCCGGUGCCUGAGGGAUUGUUGGAUCAUCUGAAGACCAACCGACGAGCCAUGGAAACAGGAAGAGAACUAAUGUACGGGUAUGAUAUGAAUCCCGAGGAGCGUCUCAGCGCUGUCACCGCUUGUAUGAGCGAAGAGAUCUCCUGCAUACAGCUGUUAUCCAAGCUCGAGUGGACAGAGGACCAAAGGAAGGACAAGCGUAUCUUAGAAGACAAGCUGGCGGGCCUGAGGAAUGAGAGGUGGGCUUGGGGUUUCAGAGGAGACAAUAUCUGGGCCAAGCUGAGAGCGGAGUGGAUGGACAGCGGUGUCAUCCGGAAGGGCUGA